GUAAGGUGUGUGUGUGUGAGUGUGUGUGCAGUAGAUGAGGCGAGCAUAGAGAGAGCUGCUUUUCAUAAAACGGGACUAAUGUAGUAAACCUACAGGAACAUAUACCACUACCAACGUUUGGAUCGAUAUCUGCAUCGAUCUGCACACCCUUGUCUCCUGGAUCGUAGCUGAGAUCAGCGUGAACCACGUGGGUCUCUGCUCCCUGAUCUGUAUCCUGUGUUUGGAAAGACUUCAGCUUCAUCACGGAGUUUCUCUCGGUUUGUGGGCUCGUGUAAAGUUUGUGUCCCAGCUGAGUAACAGGAGGAGAAGAGUCUGGUGGUGCAGCAGAGGAACAAUUUCAGCCAUUUGGACUCAGCUCAGCCACUACAGAGGAAACAAUGACUUCAACACAAAAGAACCAACAUGGAGCAAGAAGUCAGUGCUCUCAGGAGGCCGACAAACCUCACAGAAGAAAGGGAGAGAAAACAUACACCUGUAAUGAGUGUGGAAAGUCUUUUACCCGGGCUGGAGACUUAAAAACACACCAACUCAUCCACAGUGGAGUUAAAGCUUACAGCUGUGACUUGUGUGGAAAGUCUUUUACCCAGGCUGGAGGCUUAAAAAGACACCAACUCAUCCACAGUGGAGUUAAACCUUACAGCUGUGACUUGUGUGGAAAGUCUUUUUCCCUGGCUCACAUCUUAAAAACGCACCAAUUCAUCCACAGAGGAGUUAAGCCUUACAACUGUGACUUGUGUGGAAAGUCUUUCAACCGGGCUCAAAACUUAAAAAGGCACCAACUCACCCACAGUGGAGUUAAACCUUACAGCUGUGACUUGUGUGGAAAGUCUUUUUCCCUGGCUCAAACCUUAGAAACACACCAACUCAUCCACAGUGGAUUUAAACCUUACAUCUGUGAGUUGUGUGGUAAAGCCUUUGCUCAAAGUAGCAGCUUAAAGAAGCAUCUAGUUACCCACUCUGGAAUUAAGGUGUACAGCUGCGACUUUUGUGGAAAAACUUUUAGUGAAAAAAAGUACCGAAAUAUUCACCUACGGAUUCACACUGGAAAUGAUGUUUCCUGCUGUGAUCAGUGUGGAAAACCGUUUACAACAGAUUAUCAAUUACAACAACACAUGUUUACCCACACUGAGGAGAGACAUUAUAAAUGUGACCUGUGUGAGAAGACUUUUAAAACUCCACAUCAGCUGAUAAAACAACAGAUCCACACCAGAAAGUAACUCUACUAGUGCAGUUACUGUGAGAAGUGGAGCAAAGCACAUGGAUCCAGUUCUCAACCCUGUCGUCACUGUGGUGGUGGGAAAGCGUUUUUCUGUGACCUUCCAAUCAUCAAUGGGACCUAAAAACACAUCAACGUAGACACACUGGAGACAAAAUGAACUACUGCAAAGAAUGUGGGAGAGGCUUCCACACACCAAGUACAUUAAAAACACAUGAACUCUUCCACAGUGUGGUCAAAAAGCACAUCUGUGACCAGUGUGGGUCAUCCUUCACCACUGGACAUGAGCUUAAUGAAAAAGCAUAAGGGAAUUCACACAGGAGAGACACCAUACAAGUGCAGACACUGUGACAAAAGCUCACAAUCAGGCCAUCGUAACAAACAUGAACGUACACACAUGGAAGUGAACUUCAGCUGUGACCAGUGUGACAAGAGCUUCAGGAAUCUCAGUUCAUACUCCGAACACAAACGAUUCCACGCUGUAAAUAAACUGUUUCACUGUUAACAAUGUGCAAAAACAUUCACUUCAUUAUCUGCUCUGUGCAAACAUCAGCCUGAUCAUGCAGGACUGAAAUCACUGGAUCACAAUGAAUCUGAAGAGAGAGAAAGAUCCUCUUCUGGUUUCAGGGUCGGACUUAAAAACCUUGAGAUCAGGCUCCACAGAGUUCAGAUGGAAUCUCCUGCAAAGAGUGUCAGCUGAUGUCACACUUGGAUCUGAUGAGUCUGCUUGGGUGUUGGAAGACCAGCUUAUCUUCUGUCUCACUGUCUCUUUGGACAAGCUGCCAGUCAGUACACGUAAAGCCAAGGGUUUGGAAGUCCCAUUGUUGGCUGUCCUACAGUGGCACAGUCCAGUACAUCCUGCCAUGAGAUGCAUCUCUACUUGUUACUCGAUACCCAGUGUUCACUUAAAUCGUCCAGAGUUGGUGAUGAUGGCGUCCUGCCCAAGGACCGUCAGGCCUCAACAACACUUCUGGGUGAAAUACACACUGCUCAACAAUUUGCAAGAUUUCCUCGCUGUUCGUCUGAUCUGGAAUUCAGAGGGAGGAAGUCAGCAGGAUCCCAGUGUGGGAGCGGUUGUGUGCCAGUCUCCACUCAACAACCUGGGCCAGUGUAAGAAAGGCUCCAUACUGUCCUUCACUGUGGCCUUCCAGAUUCUCAAAACUGGGAUUUUUGAGCUGAGCCAGCAUAUGACGUUUACAGCUUCUGUGCCCGCACCGCCCACGGAGCCUCAGUCACCUUUGAAAAACACCUUCGGAGGACACCUGAGCCGAUUAAAGAGCUUCCCCCACCACCAGCCAUUUUGGUCAGUAAAUCUCAGGUCAGGCGCUAUGGCGGAGCUCCAGACAACAACCUCUCCUGCAGGAACUGUUAAUCGAGCCCCUCACCUGUCCCCCGAUCCCAGCUUUGUUUCACUGGUAAAAAUAGCCAAGAGAGAGUGUAAGGUGCUAGUGCUGGAAUGAAUCAAAGAUGUACACAAAAGGUGAUCUGGACUGUGGGAGCUUAUGACAAAAGCAUCACUGUCCUGUGGCUGUGCUUCAACACAGAGCAGCCGUCACAUCUUUGUCUUCAUCCCAAGAAGAAGCAACAAUCAUACUAUAAUAAAUGCUAAAGAUGGAGUCAGUGAAUGAGGAAUGAAACAUGAAUCAGAGGACUGGUGCUGAUGAGAUUCUGAUGUGAGCUCAGGUUAGUGGAGGGAUACUUCUGUUUGUUACGCUUCUAUCUGAUGACAAAUUCCCUCCAUCACAUCAACAUUUUUAUUUACUUUAAAGAUUUUCUUCACACCUUUUAAAAAUGUUUGUUUUUGCUAAAACUGUUUAACUGUGUAUCACUGUUAUUCAUACACGUCUCUGUUUAUGCUUGAAUCUGUUGGUUUCACUCGAGUUUCCUUUUAGGAUCAUCGAGUCAGGCUCAACAGCGUAAAGUAAGCUCCAGUAUGUUUCAUGUCUCACAAUGUGGACGUGAUAACAGAACUUUACGUUUUUGUAAAGAAAUGUUUUUUGUUUUUGUUUUGUUUUGCAUACUGUGCUGUCAACAAACCAUAAUGUCAUCACAUUUCUAUUUAACAUGUCAAAGGUUUACAGCUGGAUCUUGGCUUCUUGCCUCAAACUUAAAGGAUUUAUGUCUUAAACGAUUCUUAUGUCAGCCUCUAUGGUUUGCACUGACACUGAGGGGCUAAAAGUUUAGUUUUAUAAUAGGAUCCAGUCAGAGUGUGUCGAGCCCUUGCAGUAGUUACUUACUUACUUUCAGUUUGUAUUAUCUUUUGAUUUAACUUCUAGCAGCACUGUCUAAUAUUUCAGACCUUCCUGCUGUGAUAUUUGCCCCUCCUUCAUUUCCUUUGUGUUUUUCAUUUAUUAGACUUGCAUGUUCCAGAUCAUAAAAAAGACAAUAACCAGAGUAAAUAUCCCAGCAGCCGAGCUGGUGGGCAGCGCAGACGCUCAACUUUGUGAUCGUGGACCAAAAAUGGGCCCAAUGUGGCUUAGAAACAGCUGCUUGAUUUUUUUUUUUUUUUACAUAAAAAAAUUUAACAAUUAUAAAAUUUGCACUUUACUUGUGAAUACAACUUUUGCUAACUCUGAUUUCAUUGCAUUAUCAUAAAACUGCUUUUUCUGUGCAGUAGAAACGAGCGAUACUGUAGGAGGCUGACAGUUUAAAGAGGACGUACAGUGGGAUGCAAACGUUUGGGCAACCUUGUGAAUAGUCAUUAUUUUCCUGUAUAAAUCGUUGGUUGUUACAAUAAUUAUUCUUCACACCUUUCUGUCAAUCCAAUAAACUUCAUUUCACUUCUCAAAUAUCAUUGUGUGUGUCUCCUAUAUGAUAUAUUUAACUGACAUUUUUUAUUGUAACAACCAACGAUUUAUACAGGAAAACAAUGACUAUUAACAAGGUUGCACAAACUUUUGCAUCCCACUGUAACUCAUUUUUAUUGAGACUGAAGAUGAUUGCAUGUGCGAGUGCAUGUUUGGAGUCAUUGCACUGGUGGUACCAAUGUCUUCGCUCAUGGCAUUGUUAUGGAUUAGAAUCUGAGCGUCUGCAGUGCCUAAACAUUGUGCACAGUUUAGUAGAGAUAAAUGCAAUCGUAGGCUUACAAUUAAAAAACUGACAUCAAUCAAUCAAUCAAUCAAUCUUUAUUUAUAAAGCACUUUUCAUACAAAAAAUGUAGCACAAAGUGCUUUACAUGGUUAAAAGCAGCCCACCCCACCCUCUCACUCACUCUCAUUAACAGUUACAGGUAUGGUGCAGUGACUGUCAGGGUCAGAUGAUGUAAUACUUUGUGAAUGUAUCAUUAGGGUAUCAUGGACCAUCAAAAGUUCUCAUCCUCAUAAGAACAGUUGUGUUCAGGAGAGUGUACACAGGAAACAACAUUCUGAAUAUGUGGCAGUGCAGCUGAGACUGUAAUCUUAAUGAGUCUGUGCACAGCUGCUGUUUUUUGUUGUUUUUGUUAAAAGUAUUGAGCGACCUUUCUAACAACGUAACCCAGUUUGGAAAGAUACGUUCCUGGUUCUCUAGUGCAGCAAGUGGCAUCAACCACACUGUGAGUGCUACAAAGUAUUUCCUGAUUAUUUAGUAUUUUGUACCAUGUGAGAAACUAUGAAGUCUGCUCUGUGCGUUUGUGUGUGCGUGCAUAGAUCGAGCUAGAUUCUUCUUUUUUAUGACUGACUGUAAGUUUGAGUUCACUUUCUUAAUAAAUUUGGGAUGAAUUUCAUAGUGUCAUCAAUUAUUCUACACUGUAUAAAGCUGUGAAUAAAAAUAUGUA